AUGGAGCCUUUUCAACAUACAAGACACAUUCAGAAGUAUAAAAGAAGAUUGGGUAUGCAGUAUGCUAAUUACAAUCGGAAUGGUAAAAUUUGGGUGUUUGUCCAGGAAAAUAUUCAAGUGGAGAUCUUAUCAGACUCUGAACAACAGAUUACAUUACAACUUACAUUUCAAGAUUCGGGAGAUUCCAUCAUCUAUACUUUUGUUUAUGCUAAGUGUUCAGCACUUGAAAGACUAAGCUUGUGGGAUGAUAUUUAUUUACUGAGUCACAAUAUGAGGUUACCUUGGCUUGUAGGUGGCGACUUCAAUGUUAUUUUGAACGAUGAAGAGAAAAUUGGAGGUCUUCCUGUUUAUCCUCAAGAAUAUGAGGAUUUUGCUUUCUGUGUGAACUCUUGUGAGCUUUUUGAUAUUAACUUUAAAGGGAGUCCUUUUACUUGGUGGAAUGGAAGAGCUGAUGCUGAAUGUAUAUUUAAAAGACUUGAUAGACUGAUGAUCAAUCAGGUUUUUCUUGGUCAUUAUGGAAAUGUGGAGCUGGAGCAUCUUGCAAGAACAGGGUCUGACCAUGCACCCAUGUUGCUGAGUUGUGGGGAUCAGACUAAUAAUAUCAAGAGGUCUUUCAGAUUUUUGAAAUUCUGGACAGAAAAAUCUGAUUUCAAAGAUGUUGUGAGAGAUAAUUGGGUUGCUGAUGAGUCCAUUGAUGUUUUUAUUAGCUUGAAACAGAAGAUGAAGAGGACUAAAAUUGCAUUGUCUACAUGGAGUAGGGUAAGAUUUGGAGAUAUUUUUAAGCAACUGGUUAUAAGGGAAGAUAUUGUUAGAAUUAAAGAAGGUCUUUUUGAAGAACUACCAACUGCUGAAAACAGAGCUAUUCUUCAAAAGGCACAGGCUGAAUUAAAACAGUAUUUACACUAUGAAGAGGAAUUUUGGAGACAAAAAUCUGGUGUUAAAUGGUUUACUGAAGGAGACAAGAAUACAAGAUUUUUUCAUAAUCUUGUGAACGGGAGAAGAAAGAGAUUACAAGUCAAAAGAAUCCUUACAAGAGAUGGUGUAUGGACUGAUGAUGCUAAAGAGGUUGCUACCGAGGCUGUUGCCUUCUUCCAAGAUCAGUUUACUGAUGUUGAGAAUGAGACAGAGCUUUCUUUGAUUGAGCAUAUUCCCACACUAGUUACUGAUGAAGACAACGCUAUGUUAAAUGCUAGUCCUACAGUGGAGGAGAUCAAGAAGGUGGUUUUUGAACUUAAUAGUGACAGUGCUAGUGGACCCGAUGGUUUUACUGGGCACUUCUAUCAAGUCUGCUGGGAUAUCGUAGGAAAGGAUGUUGUCAAUGUGGUGGAGGCUUUCUUUAAUGGUUCCACUCUUCCCAAAUCUAUUACUCAUACUAAUUUGGUCUUAUUGCCUAAGAAAAAAUCUGGUUUUGUGAAGGGAAGGAGCAUCACAGAGAAUGUCCUCUUAGCCCAAGAAAUUAUUGCAGAUAUCAGAUUAAGAGGUAGACCAGCUAAUGUUGUGAUUAAGCUUGACAUGUCCAAGGCUUAUGAUAGAGUGAAUUGGAGAUUUCUGAUCAAAGUUAUGGAGAAAAUGGGUUUUAACAGUUUUGUUGCAGAUAAAGUGUGGAGAUUGGUGGCAAAUAACUGGUAUUCAGUCCUCAUUAAUGGACAAGCUCAUGGUUUCUUUCACUCUUCUAGAGGGAGUAUUUCCAUAUACCUCUUAUCUGCAAUAACACCUCCUAAAUGUGUUAUUCAUGAUUUACAUAGAUUGUUUGCUAAAUUUUUAUGGAACUCUAAGGAGGAGGGGAGAAGCAAACAUUGGAUAUCAUGGUCUGAUAUUUGUAGGCCUAAGGAGGAAGGUGGGUUGGGCUUUAGAUCUCUUUUUGAUGUGUCCAAAGCAAUGUUUGCCAAACUUUGGUGGACUUUCCGAACUAAAAAGUCAAUGUGGACUAUAUACAUGUGGAACAAAUAUUGUAAGAGACAUAGACCUCAAUUGGUGGAAUGGAAUGGAGGUUCUCAGACUUGGAAGUUUAUGUUAGAAGCUAGAGAUUGUAUUGACCAACAGAUUUGGUGGGAACCAAAGUGUGGUCAUUCCAGUGUAUGGUUUGAUAACUGGACACAACUGGGUGCUCUUUACUAUUAUUUACCUGUUUCUCAUUCUAACAAUUAUGAUUUUGAUGAGGUAAAUCAAUUGAUGAGUCAGGGACUUUGGAAUGAAGAUCUCAUGCUCCAAUUACUACCAGAAGAUGUCUGUAAACAUGUCCAAAAUGUAAUUGGAGUAGUAGAGGAUACCGAAGAAUGGGACUCACCAAGAUGGAUGUGUACUAGCUCUGGAAAAUUUACGAUUGGAAGUGCCUGGGAAAUAUUGAGACAAGGAAAUGAUGAACAAGAAAUUGCUAAGAAGAUUUGGGUGAAAGGGGUUCCCUUCAAAUUUUCUUUCUUUCUUUGGAGAUUGUGGAAAAAAAGAAUACCCAUUGGGGAAGUUCUUAUCAAGAUCAGAGUGGUGGAUGAAGUUAAAUGUUGCUACUGUAAUAGUUCAGAAAAUGAAACUUUUGAACAUCUUUUUGUGACGUGCUUUAUGGCUAAGAAGUUGUGGAAUACUUUUGCUAGUAUUGCUGAUGUGCAGGGACCUUUUUUGCAGCUUAACGAUACUAUACAUAAAUGGUGGGGUAAGGACUGCUCAUCAAAGCUUAUACCUCUCUUCAAGGCUGUCCCGUCAUUUAUCACUUGGCAAAUCUGGAAAAGGAGAAAUAUGAUUUCUCAUGGAGGUAAUAUGUCAUUUUAUAGUAUGGUUAUGGAGGUCAACAGAAAUUUAUAUCAUCUAGCUACUUUUAGCUAUCCUUGGUUGCAAAACAUUCCUAAUACUUGGCAUCUAAUGGUUCCUUUUUUUAUUGAAUAUGCACCCCUUAUUGAUUGUAAGAUGGUGUACUGGAGAUUGCCUAGAUUAGGAUCCUACAAGUGUAACUCGGAUGGUGCAGUAAAAGGAGUUGGUGGCCCUAGUGCUGGGGCCUUUUGUAUUAGAAAUGAUGAAGGAAAUUUGAUACACGCUGAGUCUUUUGGUUUGGGAAUAACUUCAGUUCUAAUGUCUGAGGCAAUGGCUUUGCGAAGAGGACUAGAGCACUGUAUAAUGCAUCAAUACUUGCCAGUAACAUUGGAGACUGACUCAUUAAUGCUCCAAAAGGUUUUGAAUGGUAUUUGGGAGAUUCCUUGGAGUAGUCGGGUGGAGGUACAACAGAUAUCAUCUAUUCAGAUUUCCAAGAGUUACCACCAAAAGGGAAAGCAAUACUACACCUAG